GAAGUGAUGACAUUUUAUUAUAUUCAUGAAAAUGUUGUAUUGUUUUAGUAUUGGUUAGCUUUUGAAUUUUAACUAAGAAUAAAAGAAAAUGUCACAUUUAGUGUGUGAUUGAAACAUAUAUUUUGUCAGAAGCUACUAUAUCCAUCAAAAUGGUACCAGUAGCAAUCGAAGGUUGCACCCAGGGUGCUGAAGGUGGUGGAGCCCGCGGAGGUUCUAUUUCAUUAGCCCUUUUGAUUGACUUUAUUGUACAAAGAACUUACGAUGAGCUCACAGUGUUGGCUGAAUUAUUACCAAGAAAAACCGACAUUGAACGCAAAAUUGAAAUUUAUAAAUUCAGUGCCCGAACAAGACAACUAUUUGUAAGGCUACUCGCUCUAGUAAAAUGGGCGAGCAGUGCAACUAAAGUGGAUCGGUCAGCUCAUAUUAUGGCUUUUUUAGACAAACAAGCUCUACUGUUUGUUGAAACUGCUGAUGUGUUAGCGCGGGUGGCUCGUGAAACCCUAGUUCAUGCUAGGCUUCCGACAUUUCAUAUGGCAGCAGCAGUGGAAGUUCUUACAUUAGGUACAUAUAGCCGACUUCCAGCUGUAAUUCGUGAGAGAUUGGUGCCACCACCAUCUUUGACUCCAGCCGAGAGACGCUCCACUUUACGUGCCUUAGCUCAUGUUGUCCGUCAACGUCUUACUACAGCCUCAUUACCAACUGAUGUUAGAAAUUUAAAGGUUGAAAAUGGUAGAGCAACUUUUUCUGUUGGUCAAGAGUUUAGUGUGUCACUAACAGUAAUGGGUGAUGCACCUAACUUGCCUUGGCGCUUAUUAGAUAUUGCUAUUUUAAUCCAAGACUACGAGACUGGAGAGGGUAAACCAUUAGUUCACACAUCACAACUAGCUUGGUUGCGUGGUGUUGCGCAGGCGCGACUGGCAGCAGCUGGAUUGAGUGGGGCUCUCACUGCUUUGCGCUACUUCUGCCGCUCGUUGUCUUUAGAAUUGCUCUAUACACAGACAUUACGAUUGUGUCGUGACCGCCUGGCAAAACAUUUGCAAGUCGACAAGUAUAUACCCGGCCAGAAGCUUCAAGUAUCAUAUUGGAGGGAGCUAGGCUGCGAGUUGGGAUACCGCGUGAUAAUUGGUGCGGAGGCGGAGUCACUGUCCGUGUGGCAUGUGCCGGCGCUGGCGGGAGGCGAGCGCGUGGCGGCCGCGCUCACCCCGCAUGCGCCCUCUAUGGAGCGCCUGCUCGCCCACACUGUUCAUGUGCGCUCACGGCAACGCCUCAAUGACCUCAAAGUGCUGUUCAAUGACUUAGGGGUUGAGUGCACAGUGAGCGGGUGGCCGUGCGUGCUGGCGUGCAGCGUGGUGUGGCCGUGCCUGCGCGCCGAGCAGCUGCUGGUGUCGGUGGGCGCGCACGGCGGCCGGCUGCGCGCGCGCGUCCCCGCGUACCCCGCUACGCCGCGCAUGCCUGAGCUCGCGGCCGCACUCGCCGCUGCCAACCUCCCACUUGUUAAAUCAUUGUUAACGCAACUCAGGUAUUGGCUAGUGGCCCGUCGAUGUGAGAAAACUGUGCAACACUUGCCAGCAAGCGUUUGCGAACAUCUGCCGUUCCUUCACGGGCCGGACCACCCCUUGAACAAGCUGUCUACUGAUCGGCUCUACGUCACUUUACACCGGCACACUGAUUAUCUACUGAUAGUGGAAAUGAAGGAGGUUGCGGCGGGCAGCACGGCGACGACCAGCAACUGCAGCAACAGCGGCAGCGCGAGUUCCGUGGCGCUCGCCUUCCACCUCGCAGGUGCCCGCCGCUGCACGCCCGACGAAUGCGAGGACGAGAGCGGUGCGACGAGCAGCGCUAACGCGUCGCCCGCCUCGCGCGCCUUCCUCAAGCUGCACUCCCUCGUCGAACUCGAUACGUUCACGCUAACGCACGGACCAUUCACACCACUCGAUACUCCCGGUAUGCAGGCGGGCAAGCGCAAGUUGGCGUCGGCGAACACUCGCGCAUUGCGCGUGCGCCAGCCCGCAUACUUCCUGCCCGAGCUCGCGCACGUCGUAGCCGCUGCUGACGAGCGCGUGCCUUUCGUCAACCUCGCACAGGAGUUGGCGGCGCGCGGCGUGACGCACGGCGGCGUGAUGCCGGAGUGGAGCGGGUCAGCGCUGGGCAUGCGCAUAGUGGCGUUACCGCGGCCGGAGGGGGCGAGCGAGCGAGCCGCGGAGGCGCUGCGCAUGCGCCUGCUCGCCGCCACCAUACGUCUCACUACCAAGAACCAGGCUCGGGUCUGGACCGCUGAGAUCGUCUUCCACGGAUCGCCUAUCAGGACGCCCAAUCCUAAAGAACAAGGCGAGAGGCGGUGCGUGUACCUGCAGUACGAGCUGGGCACUGACGCGGGCCGCACUGCGGACGCGUUCCUCGCAGACUGGGCCGCAAUUGUGCAUCUACACACCUUGCUCUAUGAUUUCAUGCUAAGACCCGCACAAGAGCGCGAGACUCUGUGGCACGGCAUCUGCAUCCGGUCGUACACGUACCGGUCGCUAGUGCUGGGCUUCGGCGUUGCGCAGCGUGCGACGUGCGUGCUGCAGUGGGCGGCGGGCGCGCACCGCUACACCGUGGCCACGCCCGCACACCAGCCCGCCGCCAACGCGCACCACCUGCUGCACCACCACCUCGACAACUACAUCAAUUGGCACAAGGACUUGAUGUCGUUCGGCGUGGUGCUGCGCGAGACGUACGCGCCGCUGCUCGCGUUGAGCCGGCUGCCCACGCUGCCGCAGCUCGGCCUGCAUCACGUGCGCACGCAAAUGCCCACGCCCACAUUCACGCUGCUCGCCCACUCCUGGCGGAAGAUCCGCAUAAUCUACGCGGGCGCGUACUCCCUGGAGGUGGGCAUCCGCGGCGGCAACAUGGUCACCAUCAGAGACGGCUCCUACUCCAAGUUCGACCGCACCACCGUUGUCGACGAGUUUGCACCUGCUCUAGGUCUUAAGACUUUCUUGUCCAGAUAUGUAGAUGACAACAUCAGUGCAAGACUGUUGGCGGAGGAAGAGAAUCCUCCCUCACCCAUGUCUCCAAUGCCUCCAGGUGGUCUGCGGUUCCCGGCGCCGCUGACGCCGCCGCAGCCGCACACGCCGCAUUCGGCGCCCGUCACACCGCACCCCGCUUCGCCCGCACAGCACCAGAUGGGCGGUGGUUCAUUCAACCUGACGUCUCCUCCGGGCGGCGGCACGGGCGGGUCUGGUGCGGGGGUGUCGGCAUCACCCGCAUCCCCACUCGCGCCUUCACCCCUCGCGCCCGCCGCCUCCCCACACCCGCCCCCGACCUCGCCGUAUACACCCUGGCUCGGCUCGCCCUCUCUGCCGCGCCCCUCGCCGGGGCACCAUCCCUCUCCGCGACAUCAUAUCGAUCAUAAAGGGCCGCAAGUGAGCUCAUCUACGACGAGCGGGUCCCGCGGGGGCGGAGUGCGGGGAGGCGCGGGAAGCUCGGCAGCUCCACUGACCGUGGCCAAGCUGGAGCUGCUGUGUACACCCAGCGAGCCGCCGCCCGGCGCACCGCCCGGACCGCCCCUUGCGCCGCUGCAGCGCUUCCUCGCCUGCGUCUACCUCAAGCGCACGCUGCCGCGCUUUAUACAGCAAGAGGAGUUUUUAUCGCUGGUGUGUAUGGAGGCGACGAGUGUGACGUUCCGGUGCGAGAGCGCAGGAUUGUCGGCGCGCGUGGCGCUGCAUCCGCAGCACAUGCAGUCGCUGCACCUGCAGCUAUCCGUGCUACCCGAACACAAAGAGAUACUGUCUCCAGAUGACUUGCAGGUGAUGGAAAAGUUUUUCGAAACACGCGUGGCGAUUCCGCCGUACCGGUCGAGCGCGCUGCACGGGUGGGCGCGAGCAUUCGGUGCCCCGCCGGUGGCGUUGCCCUCGCUGGCAGCUCUGAUGCGCGCCGACCUAGCGCCUGCCGCUCUCGCUGCGUCCGCGCCCGCGCCCCCGCUCUGGCAGCUGCAGUGGGCGCUGCGCAUCCCGCCCGCUGCGCCGCAGAUCGUGCCCGCCGGACAUCCCGCUGUACUCAAUGCCAAAAACAAAAUAUUGUUCUUUAUUUGCCUGACACGUGGCGACACGCAGCUGGUGCUGCCGCUGGUUUACGACUCGCAGAACAAUAGCACACAGCUCGCAGACAAGCGCGACGCCCAGCCUCACCUACUCGCCGUCAACCUUCAUCUCAAGCGGUUCAGCGAAUUCAAUCAGACGCACUCAGAGUGCACUCUGUGGCCGGCGGUGCGCGACUUGCUGACCAACUUCACGCUGCCUCAGGAGGCGCCUCCCGCCACCGCGCAGCCACCACCCUAGCCGCAACACUCCCCUCACCCGCACUCGCAUCCGCACCACGCGAGACGCAUGCAUCUGUGACCGCCUAUUGGACAUUUUUGAACCAUUAAUUCUGUUUGCAUUAUAUGUGUGCUGUUAGAAAUAGGAAGAUAUGGACAUUGCUGAAACCAUUAGUGGCAUAAAGUACCUGCGAUGUAUUUUAAAUGAUACUAAGGUUAUAAAUGUACGGUCAUUUGUAGAUGAGCCCUGCAUUCCUGAAUUAAAUUAUUUAUAUGGUCUUACG